GAAAAUGAAAAACCACCUACUGUACCAUAUAUAUACCAAACCCCAAAAGACCAUGAAAUUGACCUUAGGCUAUUCAAUAAAGCAAAAAAAUUGUCUGAAGAAGAAAUAGAAAAGCAAGCCAACACUGCUGUUCAUGAUGAGUACACUAGCAGAGUGUUCAGGACACUUCUCAUCCAUCCUGAUAUACAAGCACUUGGUGAAGGCAUCGGCCAGUUAUUAAUCGAACAAUCCCAGUCUGUAAUCCUCAUGCAGCGUGCGGUAGAAAAUGUCAGGGAAAAGUUGAAUCACAGAAUCGACCAGCUAAAAAGAAAUCUCGGUAUCAGCCAUCCGAUUUUGUCACUAAUACAACCAUGGGUUCAAGAAAGAGUAAGAUAUGCACAGGAAAGGUUUACUAAAGAUCACGAGUGGAAUGCACACGAGGAAGCUUUGAUCUUAAGUCGUAACCACAACCUCAAACAGGCCACGUAUUUUCUCCAACGAGAUCUGAUAUUCAUGCAAGAGCGAGAGCCUGUUCUCAAGCAAGAAUUGAGCCGAGUGAGAAAUCCAACUCGAGUGUACCACUGGCGAACGCAGAUAUGGUGUCCACAACAAUGGCGAGUCAGGCGUGUAUUUCAGGGAGUAGCUGAAGUUGUGCAGACAGCUAUUAGCAGGACGUCAUCAUCUUUGGCUCAUCCUCGUUCAGAUCCAAAUCAGCCUGUUUACCUAGUGGAGAAACAGCGUACGCGAACCACAACAACCAGGUGGCCCUUCUGGCGAUGGGUGAACUAUUUCUUCCGCACAUGGUCCUGGACUUGGAAUGCCAUGUUCCUUUUUGGAAUUGUUGUACCUUGGUGUAGUCCAGUUAGUCUGAGAGCACUCUGUUCCAUCAAGCCAUUUAUGCCUGAUCUUGAGCUGAAUCAAUGUGAUGGUAUUCUAUAUCCCAGAAAAUCUUCACUGACUCAAACAUUAUGUUCAAGGCUUGUGAUCCUUUGGAGACAUAUAUCAAAAUCUAGAACAGAGUUCGAGUCCAGGCCAGACACAGGUUUUAUUGGCAAAGGAUUUGGUCGUCACGUCAACAGGACAUGGAACUAUGUGAUGAAAGGAGGCCUUGGAACUUUGUUAAUAGUGUUAAUCUUCCCAUGCGUGUGCCUGCUGGUCUCGGGCGUGUCAUUACUCAUUGCCGUCAGUGCUCCAGUUUGGAUGCCCGUUUCUACGUUGGUGUUCCACUUUUCCAUGGUCCUGUUUUAUGACUUUGAUUCACCAGCUCCUACUCGUAAUAAGCUGUUCUUGCUCCUGGAAGCCUUGGUCUGGAGGAUAAUUAUACAGGGCCUCAUUCAGCCAGUCAUAGCACUUUUAAUUGCUGCAUUAUUCUGUCCUGUUGGCUCAUUACUAGUUCUUAUUGUGGCCAUGUUACGAUGUUGCUGUAGACUGAUCUGGGACUGGAUCAUUUUUCAUCUUGUUAUUAAAAAACGAGGGAGAGUGCCAGCAUUGAGCAGCUGGUUAGUUCGUAGAGUGGAAGGACCAGGCUUAUCCAAUAACCAUUAUUUUAAGAUACUUCCUGAACAAGCCCUGGCUGCUUUUGAAGCUAAGCUAGAGGUAGAAGAACUGGGUGCUUUCAGAGAAGAAGUAGAGAGAACUAUUGUUCAACCUCAACAGGCCUACAGCGAGUUUGUCCAGCAGUGUUUUAGACCAUUUUCUGCCAGUUUGACCAAAGAUGGAACGUACAGCCAGCUGGAGAAAGAAGCACAAGACAUUCUGUAUAUGUUAAGAGACCAAGUUGAUAAGUAA